AUGCCAUUUGCUGCAUUGCCAGGAUUUUUUCGUGCUUUCGAGAGUCAGGAUUCACAAGGUGUCGAUUCUUCGAUUGUUGAUCACUUAGAAUUGGUAAGUCAUGACUCGUGGGCCAACCUUUAUGAACAAAUUCCACCAGAUACAGAUACGGAGCACUAUAAAUUAGUGGUACUUGCGAGACAUGGUCAAGGCUACCAUAACGCUGCUAUAUUGAGAUAUGGGAUGGAGGCUUGGGAUGCACAUUGGUCCUUCUUAGAUGGGGAUGAACACGGGAAAUGGUUGGAUUCUAAAUUGACUGAUUUGGGAAAAGGUCAAGUGCAAGAAACAGGUCUCGAGGUUUUGUCGCCAAUUAUUGAAGAAUUGCAGAUGUUACCUCAUGUCUUCUUCAGUUCUCCGAUGAGACGUUGUCUCGAGACUUUUAUAGGAUCAUGGGGAGGGAUCUUCGCCAAGAACAAUCACCACUUGAGGGAACAGACGAUCCCAGUACGAGUAGUCGAAAAUAUAAGAGAAACAUUGGGCGAACAUACCUGUGAUAAGAGAGUGCCACACUCUGAAUCUGUUAAAGAGUACCAAAACUACAAGACUCAUGCGGGACAUACGAUUGAUUGGCUAUAUGACUCGAACUACCCUGAACAGGACCAACUUUGGCUCGAAGACCAUAGAGAGACGAUCUCAGAGCUUGAUCAGCGAUUACAUGCGGGGCUCUCGCAGAUCUUUAGUCAGUUGAGCUCCGAUCAGAGAUUCGUCUCUAUCACCUGCCAUUCCGGAGUCAUAGGGAGUGCUCUGCGUAACUUCAAACACCCUCCAGUGCAAAAUCUCAACACCGGUAAAGUAGUUUGUGCAGUAGUCAAGAUAGAUGUCAAGAAACUUCAGGAAAAUGGAACCUCAUUAUGA